AGGAAACUGCGCUUCCGAUGGCUGCAGGGCUGUGUUUGUUUGAACUCGCGCUACUGUGUACACCGCCACCAAACCAAACCACCGCUGAACACGCGGCGGUUGACAGUCUAGCAGUGGUUAGCAGUGCGAAUCGUGGCGGGCGUGUGCGUAGCGCCCACGUUUGAAUGUACGGUUUGCGUAUCUCUGCGCGUGUGUGCAAUCAGUGCGUCAGUCUGUGUGUGUGUGUAUGCGCGCAGGCGGGCAUGUGUUUUGGGUGUGAUUACGGGCUUUAAAUAAGACCUCACAAACAAAAACAAACAACCUUCGAACACUGAAGAACAGACCUGUUACAAAGUGAGAGAGCGAGAAAAGAAGAGAGAGAGAGAGAGAGAGAGAGAGAGAGAGAGAAAGAGUGAAAGCGAGCGGAUCAUCUAAGGAUUCUCUAUCAACACCCCCACCCGUCCAUCAGCAAUCAAGCGAUCGAAACCCCGAUCGGGUAGGAGCAACGAGGAGCAACGAGGACGGGGGAACAGCUGUAGGAGGAAGGAAGACACGAAUUUUUUUUUUUUGAAGCGCAACCGUACCGCAACGCACCGAGAUGGAGGCACAGUUUGCGGACGCGGCCUGCGUCGACCUGUCCUCGAUCACCGACGAGGAUCUGCUGCGCAAGAUGUGGCAGCAGGCGGAGGACUUCUCGCGCAAGAAGGAGAUCCGGGCGUACAUGUACAAGCUGCGCGAGCAGCGACUGAAGGACUUUUACGCCAGCAACGACAGCAGCCCGCCCUACUUCCUGAUGGAGAAUGCGAGCGCCACGUUCGGGCUGCGCAAGAGCACCGUCACCGGCAGCCACGGCGACUCGCUCGUCGACCAGAGCUUCGAGAGCUUCAAGACGAAAGAGAUUCGCGACUCGGAGAGCCCGACCAGAUUCGGGAGCGAACGAACGGGGAUGCCGGGUGCGGCGGCGGCGGCGGCGCUAACGACCAUCGCCGGUACCGAUCCGAGCAGCAACUCGGGCUGGCAGGUGCGGAUGGCAGAGGAGGUAAGCGAGGACGGUAAGACGCACACGGUGCGCUCCUCGGCAACGACCGGCGGUACGUACGAGCUGGAUGGUGGCCGUGGCCACGGUACGUUCACUGGCCGCAACGAGGAGUCGCACAGCGAGCGGUACGAGGAGGACGAACGGGGCGGCAUCCACGGUUACACCAAGGGUGACCAGUCGUCUACCUUCCUCGAGGAGCGUACCGUCACCGAAGGCACCGAUGGCCGUACGGUUACAGCGAGCGAAACGAGAACGACCACGACGCAGCAGGCAACGAGCACCAGCAGCAGCAACAUCUCGUCGUUCCGCCAGCAACCGACGGCCGGUGCUAUCGUGGAUGGCAACCGUGAGCAGUCAGCGCCGACUUCCGAGAAUCGGAAGGAACUGUCGAAGGAUCCGCAGCGUGUCGAGGAGGCGUUCCGGUUGGCGGCGUGUGCGGGCCGCGUGAUCGAGCGCGAGGAGCAGCUGGUGAACGCGACGACCAAGAUGAUUACCGAGACGAAGCAGCUGGACGAUGGUACGACGGUGACGACGCGCACGUACGCCAAGAUCGGUGACGAACCACCGCUGGCAGCCAGUGCCGGUGACCGCAGCCACACGCACACGCACACGCACACGCAGAACUCAUCGUCGCGUGACGUCGCCCAGCAGCAACAGCGCCAGUCGAUCAGCGUCGCCGACACGGCAUCGACGGUAAGCCAGGUUGAGGACACGACGAAGAGCACGAUGGUCACGGGCACAACGAAGCUGCAGGUGGAGGUGGAUGCGGCCCACGAUUCGUUCGUCCGUUCGUUACGUUGCGCUUCACCGCCGGUUUCGGGCCGCUCGAGCGCCAGCCCGGACAAGGAGGAGCGUCCAGCGGUUGGCGGCCGGGGACAUCGGAGCCCAUCCCGUGAAUCCGAUGCGAGCCGCCACACGUUCAGCUCUCGGUGCACGACCAUCACCACCACCAACACCUCCAACAACGCCCAAGCGCACAAGCCCGACUACAUGCGUUCGACCUUCACGUCCGAGCGCAAGCAGUCCAACUUCUCCGAAGAGCAAACACUGGCCGGCCCGGGGGACAGCAGACCCCGCCAGCCCUCGACCAGCCCGGUACGCAAGGUACCGUCCAAUACACCGAGCACACCGUCACGCAGCACGUCGCCAGUCAAGUCGAAGGACGCAGCGCAGAAAGAAACAGGCGAACAGCAACAGGAGGUUGGUACGACAACGACGACGACCAUGACAACGAAAACCACGAAACCACCGCUGGUGCGCAGCGAAACGUACGAGGAACGGUGCCGCAAAAUUCUCGGCAUGCCAACGACGACGACGACGACCGGUGGCGAAGAGACGGUGGUGGUGGCGGCGACUGCGGCAGAAAAGGCUGUGACCGGUGGUGUGACCAGCAUCUUUAGCACGUACGACAAUACGGUCACGACGAUGCAGUCCCGGUCGGAGCAGCGGCUCGAGAAGCGCCGCAAGCUGGACGAGGAAAUAAGGGCGAUCGAGGCGGAAGCGAUCGCACGGGCGGCCGUCCGUCGCGCUAGUGACCAGAAGAGCGGCCCUGGAACGGGCCGGAGCGGUUCGCCGGUGAAGCAGGAAUCGGUUUCUGGUGGCAGUUCCCCGGUCCGGCGCCCUGCCUCUGGCGACGGUUCACCGACACGGCGGCCAUCAUCGGCGAGUACGUCGCCGACGCGCAAGACCGCGUCCCAGGUGAAGCAACACCUUUCUACGACCGGAGACGGACCGGAGGCGAAGGCACCGAAGGUCGUGGAACCGGUGCCCGCUUCCGUUACCAUCACAACAAGCAGCAACACAGCCACGUCAGUGGCCGAGCUGACAAUCGUACCGGUCGUGACCGGUACCGAGACGGUCGAGGGUGACGUGGAGGGUGAACAGCAGGCGGCCAAGGUACGGGCGGCCAGCAAGACUGUUACCAACGUCACCAGCAGCAGCACGACCGCCACCAAGCAGCUGCUGACGAAGCAAUCGUCGGAGACGAAAUUCGAGCGCCGUGGUACCGGCACGACCGUCACCGGCGGCCAGCAGCGUACCGGCCUGACCGGCAUCAAGAGCUCGUCCGACAUCGAUGUGAAGCGCCAGCAGCAGCAGCCAGCUUCCCAGACGAGACCGGCAACCGGCGCGGGCCCGGUUACGGCAAGCGGUGGUAGAAAACCAGCCACAGAACCGACGGUCCAAACACCCAAAAACCAUCACAUCACGGUGGCCAAGAUCAAGAUUGAUCCGGUACGGAAGCCAACGCCGACGCACGGCCGUGGCGCGGCGCAGGUGGAGGAAACACGCCGCACGGUGGUGACGACACGCUCGUCAGCAACCGGUGCCCGUAAGGCACAACAACCGGUCGCUACACCAACCGUCCUCGAUACGGAGUCAGACAAGGAGACGGGCGUAUCGGAUAGCGACACGCUGGAACCGGAGGUACCGUCCUGUGGUACGAUCGAGAUCACCGUCACGACGAGUAGCGGCGGUGGGGUGGGAACCGGUGCCGGUGGUACCCGUACGCAACGGCGCCGCCCACCGGUGACCGAUCGCAAGGACUCGGCACCGGUGUAUCGGACGACCGGGGCACCGGCGGCCCGCACGGACAAGAGCUAUGCUCGCUCGGCCAGCGAUAACCAUCUGCGUACCUCGGCGACGACGACAACAACGACGACGACGUCGACUCGCAAGUCGACUCCGGCCGCUUCGCACGUCGCUUCGCCGGGACGCAAGGGUGUGACGGAACGGCCGGUCAAGCACGUUGCGACCAAGACGAUCAAUCUGUCGAGCAAGAUUGUGGUCGGAUCGGGCGGUAGUGCCGCCACCGAUCGUGGUACGCUCGAUUCCGACCACCUCGACAACGUGGUGAUCGACAUACAGCAGGCAAAGUCAUCGCGCGAACCGACACCGAACAAGCUCGUCCCGAUACCGGUCUCACCGGACGAGGAUACGGGCCGGCCACCCCGGUUCCCCGAUGCGGUACAGGAGCCGGAUGAUGACGAGGCGGGUGGUGCUGGGCCGGGUGCGGCUACACCACGCGUCAAGAACAUUCCCAUCUUCGAGGAAGCUGCCAACGCGUACGUUGGCUGCGAGAUCACCGAGGUGGAGGAUCAGGAGGUGCGGGCACAGCGGGCGACCCGCAUCACCAACCUCGACCGCGUCACCGAGGAUGACGAGUCGCUGCUGAGCGUCACGGAGAAGGUGAGCAAGUUCGUGCAGGAAGCGCAACGGUUGCAGGAGACCGGCACUGGCACCGGCAACGGGGCCCGUUUUGUGGCCCGCCCGGUCGACCAUACCGAGCUGGAUGAGCAUCUGCGCUCGGACGAGUGUCUGCUGAGCGUGUCGGACAAGGUGACGAAGUUCAUCUCGACCGCCGAGGAGGUGAAGAAGAUCCGCACGUCCAGCCCGUUCGUGCUGUCGGCUGUCACGGACGAACCGUCCGCUGCGCUCAAUGCUGCCACCGCCGACAGUGGCGACGAGUGUCUGCUGAGCGUGAACGAGAAGGUGUCGCGGUUUGCGAACCGCAUCGCGAGCGACACCACGGUACGCCAGGAACAGUCCGACUAUGAACAGCAGCAGCAGCAGCAGAUGCAGGAGCAAGUGACCAGCAGCGAGAGCAGCAAGUUUGCGCCACAAAAGUCACCGGAGCUGGUGAAGAACGCGAUGAAGUGUGCGUCCGUGGUGCGCGGUACCGUGGACGAGCGCCAGCUGGACCUGGACGAGCAUGAAACGCCGGUCGGUACGAGCCUGGUAACUGACCGUUACCGAACGGUGGCGACGGUUAGCAAGGUGCGCGAGAUGGCACCGGCUUCGCACAGCACACUGCGUAGCACCGAAGCCGUUAAGAAGGCCAAGGAGAUCUUCGAGAAGGGCCAGGAUGGUGGCACGGGCAAGACCAGCCGGCCACGCGACAUCCUGAACCGUCCCUCGAUCUGGGAGGAUCGUCGUAACAAGCAGCAGCAACAGCAACAGCAGCAGCAGUCCGAUGUCAAGUUAACCGACAUUGGUGUGUACCGCAAGACCAGUGGCCAGUUGAACCGCGAUGAUCAGCCGGACGGUGGCGAGACGGUGGAACCUCAGCAAGCAACGUCAGCGCCAUCGAAGCCAUCGUCGGUUCCGGCUGGUGGUGGGCGGCGAGAUAGCGAUCGGUCGGGGGUCCGCGCUCCGGCCUACAUCCGCGAUACGGUCUCCUCGAAGAAGGACCUGUUCGAGAAGCGCAUCUCCUCCUCGAAGCUGCAAACCGAGUACACCACCCAGACAUCGCACGAGGAACGCACCACCGUAGUGGAGGGUGCCACGGGUGCCGCCGGUACCGGUUCACGCAAAUCGUCCCUCAAGCAGCCGGUCGUGACGGAACCAGUGAGCCAGAGUACCGCUGGCUACCGUGCGCCGGUAGCGGACCAUGGACCAAAGCCAUCCUACAUGAACCACACGGUCGCCUCGCUGGAGCACAUCAACACGAACGUGCGGCGCGAGUCGUUGGAUCACGGCGGUGUGGCACCGGCAGCCGAACUGUCAGCAGUACCGACGGCAGCACCGGCAACAGCAGCAACAAGCGUACGUACGAGCAGCUCCAAGUUCGGUGUCGAGCUAAAGCGCCUAGAUUCUGGCAAUCGCAUCACAUCCGUAGCCGGUGCAUCAACCACAGCAGCGGCACCAGCAGCAGCAGCAGCAGCGACACCAUCAUCGAAACGUCACUCGAUCAGCGCGACCGAUGGCGCCGCAACAGCACCGGUCGAGGAGAUUUUCGAGCUCGAGGUGCUCGAGCGUCUGCUGGAAUCGGUGACCGGGUACGAGCAGCGGCGCCGCAUCCGCGCCCAAAUACGGAUCGUGAAGAAGCAGGGCACGGUCGGGGAACGGGAGGCGAUGACGGGCAGCACGGCCGUGAACCGCGCAACCCAACCUGCUGGUGCUGGUGGCCGGCGCAGCAAUGCCGGUGCCGACUCGUCCAGCCCGACACGCCGUGAUUCGUCCACUCGGAAGGCGCAAACCCAGCAAACCUCAUCGACCGCUACGUUCAUCGAGCAGGAAACGGUGCAGAUGGGCAAAGAGAAGCAAUCGGCAACGGUUGCACCGACGGCUUCGAAACCUGGCACGGUGACGGCCAAGGCCGACGAGCGACCCAUCUGGGCCACCAGCAACAUCCUGAAGAAGGCCUCCGAGAACACGCGCACGUUCAAGAGCAGCAGCAACACAACGACGACGACAACGGCUACUGCUGCUGCUACCAGUCUAAGCAGCAAUGGCGGUGGCGGUGUGGUGAAACGAACGACUACGACCACUUCCAGCUUCAGACAGCAGCACCAGCACCAGCAGCAGCAGCAAAAGCCGGAAGCAAAGUCGGAAUCGAAGACCACCACGGAUUGCAUCACUUCGAGCUACGGCGUUGGACCGACGGACGAGAACGGGCUGCCGUUGUUCGGGAUCCGUGCACUGAAGAAGCAGAAGGCAGCGGCGGCGGCGGAAGGCACGGUGACGACCAGUGAGGGUACGAUCGUCACCGAGACGCUGUACUCGGAGAAUGGCGGUCCGGUCGUGGGUGAGCGAACCCGGACCGACUACGCUACCAUUCCGGCCACCGGCCAUCGGCAUCCCGGGACCGGGCUGAUGGCCAUCAGCACGCGCAAGGAGAAGAUUGGCGGCGAGCUGACGGACGGUGCCACGGAACCGCCACUGCCGGAACCCAAGAUCGUCCGCAAGGGCUCGGUAAAGGAGCUAAAGGAGCGGUUCGUUCACCGGGAGUCCUCGAGCUCGCUGCACCAGCAACAGCAGCAGCACCAGCAGCAGCAGCAGCUAGAGGACAACAGCAACCGGUCGGCAUUUCCUAAGGCCGGGCUAAUCCUUCGCACGGGUGCGACGACUACCACGACCACAACCACGACAUCCCAGUCUAGCCGGGCCUCCACACCGGCCGAUUCGUUCGAGGAGACCACUUGCUAUGGCCGGCGUGAGCAGCAGCAGCAGGGAACCGCACGUUCAUUUCUCAACGACACGUCCAAGGUGACCGACGUGCAGGAUGUGCUCGAGCGUAUGCGCAACGCGGACAGCGUGAUCGAAUCUGGCGAUACGGCCGAGGAGCAAGAGGCCCGGGCCCUACUCAACAAGUUCCUCGGUGCCUCCGUGCUGAUGAGCGGGGUCGAGUCACUAGUGGGCACACCGGCAAUCGACCACCAACAGCAGCAGCAACAGGACACUAUUACCAAGAAGGUGUCGAUCGUGUCGUCCAGUACGCGCAACACAACGCGCAACGCGGUUAGAUCGGCGAGCAGCGGGGGAACCGGAACUACGACCACCAAACCGACCGUCGUAUCCGUCGACAACCUAGAGGAGGUCUGGGACGAAUCUGUGCUGAAGCAAUUGCUGGAGCAAUCGUCGAGCUACGAGCAACGCCGGAAGAUCCGUGCCCGCAUCCGUCAGAUAAUGGCCGAAAAAGAAGCGUGCACCGAUAUCGUCGCUAGCGUAACCGCCGAUCUGCAGCGCGAACGCCAGCUGCAGCAGCAGCAGCAGCAGCAACAACAACAACAACAGCAACAACAGCAGCUACAGCAGCAGCAACUACCGAUGGCUGCUGCCAACGGGUUAUCUCAGGCAGUCACUCAGCAACAGCAGCAGCAGACCACGCGCACUGUCGCUUCGUCGAAGGUCGAAUCGCAAGAUGGCGGCACCGUUACUACGCGAUCCAGUGUGACGAUGACGAAGACGGUGGCCUCGGCUGGUCCCCAGAAGCCAAUGUCACCGUUCGCUAAGUUCCGGCAACUAGAUAAGCAAAACUCUACGCAAUCACCACCCAACUCCCCCAAAACACCAACUACUCCAACCACACCGUCCGCCGCAAUGGGUCCGAUGUUUAAGUUUACCGAUCCGGCUCUGAACCGUCGCGCCGCUACUGUUAAGGAUCAGUUGUUGCAGUGGUGCCAGAUGAAAACUAAGGAAUACGAGAACGUUAAAAUAGAGAACUUCUCCACCAGCUGGUCAGAUGGAAUGGCAUUCUGUGCGCUUAUUCACCAUUUCCUGCCAGACGCUUUCGACUUUAGCCAACUAACACCGCAACAACGACGCCAUAACUUCACACUCGCCUUCCGAGUGGCUGAUGACAAAGCCGGGAUAGCGCCCCUGUUGGAUGUUGACGAUAUGGUGGCCAUGCGGAAGCCUGACUGGAAGUGUGUCUUCACCUAUGUGCAAUCGAUCUACCGGCGUUUCAAAAAUGAGGACUAGAGGGAACUCGCACUCGAGGCCGCACCGGGGGCAGGCUAAUGCCUUCCCUCUAGGGUUCCGGCUCCUCCUGUUGAAAACGUUCGCUCGCUCGCUCGCUCGCUUCGCUCACUUACUCGCUACACCACGAUUUUGGCUUCGGUUUUCGGCCUCCCAAAACAUACAGUAUCGCUGUUAUCGCAUCAGAAUCAAGCUCACGUUACGUGACUCUCAGCAAAGGGUCAAUGCACACUCCGCGCCCGCCCGUCUCGCGGGAAUGCAGAUUCCAUCUGCACUAGAGCAGCAAGGGAAGUUACGUUCGGUGGUAGAAGUUCGCUGGCCUGCGGGGUUCCUGCGGUUCCUGCUUCCUGGUCCCUGAACAAGCCAUCUAGGAGGUGGGACUUCAGGGCCCGAGGUUCCGUUUUGUUGAUGUUAAUGUUAUUCUUAGUCUAUACGUAUAUCCCCGCUUCAUCGGGGGCCCCCGGUUUCCGAGCCCUAUGCCUGCCUAUGCCUUUCCUAUUGCUCCAACGCCAACUAGCUAGCUAGUGCUGCCUGCUGGCUUCGCCGGCCGCAGCAGCAGCAUCCGCAAUGCAUAACCGAUAUCCAGAUAGCACGACUUACUACUAGGAUCGCCUCAGAACCUUUACUUAUUUUUUUCUCCCGUCGAGUAGAAAAAAACUAAUGAUAGGUUGGAUUGAUCCGUACGGGUUGGUGUACUGCCAGUAGGCCCGGGGAACAGCGCCCCCUGCCCCGGCCCCCUCAUCGCUCUAGGGGCGGUAAAAAGCGUUCGCUGUUCCGAUCGCAAAUCGAGGGUCUGCUGCUUUACUACCAAUCGAUCGCUUAGGACACUCCCGCGAUUGGGAGAGUAAUUCUACAGGCAGAGAAAAGAGAGAGAAAGAGAGAGAGAGAUAGAGAUAGAGAGAGAAAGAAAAAAAAGAAAUAGAGAGAAGGAGAGCUGUGCCGUACGCAUACACCUGGCUUAUUGCGCUGUUCGCUGAUUUGUGUUUUUACACACUCAUAUGCAUAUAUAUAUAUAUAGAGACAUAUACAUACGGAUUUAUGUUAUCGUUGUGACAAUUAUGAUCAGCACCCCUUUAUGGAGAUGAUUAAUUUAUAAUCCCCCCGACCAAGAGCGCCCCCUUAGGUCCUCCCCCGAUUCCUGCUAUCUCUGCUCGUGGUCCUGUGCCGGGCAUGUUUGGACGGGCGUUACUCCACAGGAUUCUGGAUGGGGUUAGCGUCUGGACAUUUCACCGGCACCGGCGCACGGGUCACAUCAUGGCCGCUCUUCUACAUGCUCUCUGUGCUUACCCUAUUGCGCAUCCUGUUGUUUCCAACAGUUUUCGGAUAACCAACCCACCCCCGCCCCGCCCGAACUCUACCUCCAUUCCCUUUCCAUUCUCACGCUCGUUCACCUCAACUGCGAGGCCUUUUCGUUGACAAUUUGUUUUUAAAAACUGAGAGAAUAAUAAUUAUUAAUUUUAUCAAACUA